UCUUCUCUUUCCACAGCAGCUGGAAAGAAAGAAAGGAUACUUACAUGCAGAAACCCCUGCCACUGCAAUGCACCAGGUAAAUUAUGCUGUAGGAUAUCUAGAGAAAGUGGGUACCAAUACAAAAAAGGCACAAAAAGGUUUUAUGAUUUUUUAAUUUUUAAUUUUUAUUUCUGUCAGUUUAACUAUUUCUAACUAUCCACAUAAAGCUUCAAUUUCAGAGGAAUCCAGUAUGCCCAGGCUAUGCUCUUUGCCAUCGAGGAAAUUAAUAACAGCACAGACCUACUGCCUGGCAUCUCUCUGGGAUAUAAGAUCUAUGAUGUCUGUGGCUCCAUUACCAGAGCUGUGACAGCCGCUCUGGCCUUGGCUAAUGGAAAUGAAAUAGUAUCAGCACCCUCUGAGGCACCGUGUACCAGACCUGCCCAAGUACAGGCCAUUAUGGGAGAGACCUCUUCCUCUCCUUGCAUGGCUAUAUCUACUCUCAUCGGACCCUUUUAUAUUCCACUGAUUUUACAGCACAUAAAAAAGAUUACGUUCAAAACAAAGGAAGGAGAUGAGGUUUACUUUAAUGAAAAUGGAGACCCAGCUGCAAAGUAUGAAAUUAUAAACUGGCAGCCAUCAGAAAAUGGCAUCGUGGACUUUGUCACAGUUGGCCUUUAUGAUGCAUCUUUACCUGCUGACAAACAGCUGAAUCUGCAAAAUAAAUCUUUGUUUUGGGCACAAAAUUCACAACAGGUGCCUGUGUCAAUUUGUAGUGAGAAAUGUUCCCCAGGAACUCGCAAGGUUCUGCAGAAAGGAAAGCCUGUCUGCUGCUAUGACUGUUUAAGAUGUGCAGAGGGAGAAAUAAGCAACAUUACAGAUUCUAUCACCUGUGUCCGAUGCCACCCAGAAUUCUGGUCAAAUGAGAGAAGAGAUGUCUGUGUAAAGAAGGAGGCAGAGUUUCUAUCAUAUGAAGAGAUUAUGGGAGCACUGCUCACUGCAGCCUCUUUAUUUGGAACAUGCAUGACUGCUGCUGUGGCAUUCAUUUUCUUCAGAUACAGACAAACGCCAAUUGUCAGGGCCAACAACUCUGAGCUGAGCUUCCUGCUGCUCUUCUCUUUGACUCUGUGUUUCCUGUGUUCUCUGACCUUCAUUGGUCGGCCCUCUGAGUGGUCCUGCAUGCUGAGACACACUGCAUUUGGCAUCACCUUUGUCCUCUGUAUCUCUUGUGUUCUGGGGAAAACAAUAGUGGUGUUAAUGGCCUUCAGGGCCACACUUCCAGGUAGUAAUAUGAUGAAAUGGUUUGGGCCUGCACAGCAGAAACUCAGUGUUGUGGGUUUCACUUUCAUACAAGUUGUCAUAUGUAUCCUCUGGUUAACAAUCUCUCCUCCAUUUCCCUUUAAGAAUUUUAAAGAGUUCAAGGACAAAAUAAUCUUAGAGUGUGCUCUGGGUUCAUCUAUAGGCUUUUGGGCUGUACUUGGUUACAUAGGCCUUUUGGCCAUGUUGUGUUUUUUUCUUGCUUUUCUGGCUCGGAAACUACCUGAUAAUUUCAAUGAAGCCAAAUUUAUCACCUUCAGCAUGCUGAUAUUCUGUGCAGUAUGGCUCACUUUUAUUCCAGCAUAUGUCAGCUCUCCUGGGAAGUUCAGUGUUGCUGUGGAGAUAUUUGCAAUUUUAGCUUCAAGUUUUGGACUGCUCAUUUGUAUUUUUAUCCCGAAAUGUUACAUUAUCUUACUGAAACCAGAGAAGAACACGAAAAAGAAUAUGAUGGGGAAGGGGGCAACAAAACCAUCCUGA